UCGCCGUCUGUCAGGAUGGCCAGCCCUCGCACGCGUCGGGUACUUGCCGAAAUUAAGCCCAAAGAUGAGAAUAGUCAAUGCUUUGAAUGUGGGACGCAUAAUCCACAGUGGUCAUCUGUAACCUAUGGGAUAUGGAUUUGUCUGGAAUGCUCAGGAAAACACAGAGGCCUUGGAGUGCACUUGUCCUUCGUCAGGUCUAUAACUAUGGACAAGUGGAAGGACAUUGAACUUGAGAAGAUGAAGGUUGGUGGAAACAGGAGAGCAAAGGAUUUCCUUUUUAGUCAACCAGAUUACGAUCAUCAGGCCCCACUGCAGCAGAAGUAUAACACUCGAGCUGCUGCUCUCUAUAGAGAUAAGAUCACUGCUUUAGCCCAAGGGAAAUCGUGGAGUGUAGAAUCUUCUCAGGCAAAGAACCACCAGUCGACAACAAUCCCAAAAUCAGUCUCUACACCGGCAUUCAAGUCAGGAGGACAAAAUAGCUAUGCAUCCAAUGGCUAUGGUUACGGUGGUGGUGGUGGAGGUGGGGGGGGUGGGGGCUACCAGGACUACCAAGGAGGAUACCAAGGAGGCUUCACCGACCCCAGUCUGAAGAGCCAGACAGAAGCUUUCUUUGAACGCAUCCAAAAUGAGAAUGCCAGCAGGCCAGAGCACCUGCCACCAUCACAGGGAGGCAGGUACACUGGAUUUGGAAACUGCCCUAACCCUCCACCAAAGAGUGCCUCUACUGAGUUUUUUGAUACUGCUGUGUCAUCUCUUACAACAGGAUGGUCUUUACUCUCUGUUGGUGCUACUAAAGUUGCUGGAAAGGCCAUGGAGUAUACAAACAUUGCAUCAGAGAAAGCAGUUGAAUACAGUCACACCAUCAGUGAUAAGGUCCGGGAUGGAAAGCUGGUGGAAGAAAUAUCAUCUCAGGCUGCGCCGUUGGGACAGAAG